AUGAUCCAAGAAUACGCUAACCGGGCAGUACAGUGCCUCGAAAACUCCGAAAACGACCGGGUUUUGAUCGCUCUUGCUGGAGUACCGGGGUCGGGAAAAUCGACCAUUGCGAACAGAAUCUCAAACUACAUGAACACCAAUUCAAAUGUAAAGUGUACCGUGGUGGGAAUUGAUGGGUUUCAUCUUUCGAGAGACCAGCUCCGAAAGCUACCAAAUCCCGAAUUUGCUUUUGCCAGAAGAGGUGCACCAUUUACGUUCGAUGCGGAGGCCGUGGUGCGGUUUGUCCGCCGGUUGCGAAAAACCUGUCAAAAUUGUCAACGCGGGGUAAUAUAUGCACCUUCAUUUGAUCACAAACUAAAAGAUCCCGUGCCCAAUGGGGUGACCAUAGAACCUGAGACCAGUAUUGUUAUCAUCGAGGGUCUCUACCUCUUGCUAGAUCUCGAACCGUGGAAAGAAAUCGCUUCUUUGGUUGACGAAAAAUGGAUGAUAAAAGCCGACCUUGAAGUGUGCCGUACCAGAGUUGCAAAAAGACAUGUUGAGGCAGACAUCGAGCAUGAUUUGGAGCUGGCGUACAAACGGGUAGACUCCAACGACAUUGUAAACGCAAAGUUUAUUUUACAGCACACGGCGUCGGUUGUGGAUACAUACUUGCUAUGA